CCAUCUGCCUCUGCCUCCCGAGUGCUGGGACUAAAGGCGUGCGCCACCACCGCCUGGCUAUUACUUGCUCUCACUUGGGCUCUGCACUUGCCUUCAGUGUGGUCCAGCUUAGCCCUGCAUCCUCUCAGUACAGACUACAAAGCCUGCUUCUCUGCAGCUUCCUCCUAGUGCUCUUGGCCUUACCUGCUAGGCUGUGCUGACUUUAGCGUUGUUCGUGCUCUGCACUUUGCUCUAUCCGCCUCUCUGUCCCAAUCCAUUCCUUCCCAUUCUGAACAUCACCUCCCCAGGAUUUCCUGUUCACCAGCCCCGAAGACAGGUUCUCUUCCUAUGAUCAUGAGACGUUGUAGUACUUAAUCGUGCUAUCACUAUGGACCUGGUGCUCAGUGAGCAAAGGCUCUUAUCUGUCACAAUCUGGACCAGUUGUCCAUAGCUUAAUAAAAUGACUCACACAUUAAAAUCUAGCUCAUUUUAGCAAAUGUAAUCACCCUGUUAUCAGCCUUUGAUUAGGGAACCAGUUCCAGUGCUGAGAUGAGGUCACUGGUUCGCAAGUCCCGACUUUCUGUCUCACAGAACUCUGUCCACAGUGUACCAGCUUCGAAGCCAGUUGGGAAUGCUCUUGAUAUAUUCUAAAUUUAGAAUCUUUAUAGAUCUUUGGUACGAUUCUUCAAUUCACUGAACUAUUUUCAUUGAGGAUUCUAAAGUCAUUCACCUUAGGCUUGCAGUCCUCCCACACUCCAUUAUGGCAGUCAGCGUUAAUUACAUCCUAUGAUUUAGUCUAAGAGGCGCAAGCAGAUUUAGGAUGCUUAACUAACUCAGUAUAGCUCAGCCAGGGCUCCACACUUUGAGUGCAUAUUCAGUCCAUUUAUUGAUAGAUCGUGUGCACUGCAGUGUUGUAACCUGGGGCGCGGGGGCUGAAUCAUAUGAUCAUUUAAGCCUUUAAAGCAUUGUUUAUGUGGAUCGCUUGCAUGUGUUUCACUAAUAUUAGACAGCAGUGUCCACGAUAAUUAGAUAACACAGACCAGAUCACAGCAUAGUGUUGAGACGAUGAAAAAUAAGUGUUUUGAAAUAGUUCUCAGAUCCUUCUGAAGUGUUUAUAAAUAUGACAGGUCAUACAUCGCUAGAACUGUGGGUCAUCUUUAAUGGUAGUAUUAAUAUUGUAUUGUCAUUUCCAAAUGCUAAAAUGCCUAAAGAAUAGCAGAUACGAUUCCCAUCCACACUGGCGUGGAAGGAACACUGGAGUCACUGUAAUCAGUCCUAGGGCCCAGCUUUUCUUGUCAUUGUAGUGCUGAUUCGUGUAUGAGAGACUCACUGAGCUGAGUCUGACCAUUUUGAGCCGUGGAGGAGAGAUUUGAGUUGGGCUCUAGUUUUUCUAUCCACUGUGAUGUGCAGUGUUUUAAAACAUACUGAAUCUAUGUCUCAUAAAACCUGAAAUAGUCCCAUUGCAUCGAACUCCUGGAAAUGAUUUCAAUUACUUUGUUUUUUAUAGAAAAUGUGUACUAGAUACUACUUGAUAUAAAGGGAGUCUUUGUACUGUUUAGGUUUUUUAAUGUAAAGUUUUGUAGUACUGGAAUUUGAUUUGAUUCUACUUAAAGCUGAUUUAUUGCUUAUUAUAUUAAAUACAAGUUUUCAAUAAAUGCCAUUUAACUUAACAAGUCAUUAUAAAACCAAUUUCAAAUUAUAACUCUUUGAGGAAAAUGGUAACUAUUUAGAAUAUUGUCUUGAUAGAGUUAAGCAUGUGUGGAAAUGUGAAAGGCUAGAAUAGACCUUCACUUUCAUUCCAGAAGCUGAUCCAUUUGACACUUAGCCCUUUCCUUCAGUCCUGUGUCGCUUUGUAUAAAACCACAGAGUGGAAGGGUUGUGACGAGGCUCCAAAAGCUCCAAACCAAGCACAUUUCCAAAGAUUUAGCAGCAGAAACGCAAAUGUGACAUUAAGAUAUUUGGAAUGCAUUUUUUUUGCCUCAACUAUUAAUCACUAUCAACACUUUUAAGUUUGCCGCUGUUAUAGUCCCACCCCAGUAGCAUUUCUACAUUAAAAACAAAACAAUGCAGCAGCAGUCUCCACUGUCUUCCCAAAGUCAGUAUGUAAGCAAAAGAAAACAGUAUUUUGUCAGGAUGCAACCUGGGGUGCCUCUGCAUUGCAGUGGCUUGCGUGUUCCAUCUAUGGAACCAGUCCAGGGGUUCCAGGCUAGAAGCUGCCUUGUUCUAAGUUUCCUCAAGACUGUAGAGUUCCAUCUUGCAGGAAGUCCCUUAACCAGGAAGGGAAACAACUUGAAAGAGCACCCAGAAGUCCCUGAAACUGACCAGAUUCACUGUUGACAGAGGAAGCAAUAAGAGCCGAGUCCCCCUCGGACGAGUGGAGUCAAGCUGCAGACUGUGAAACCAGACUAGCUUCCUAGAACCAGAAACCAGCUGAGCGGCCUGGAGGAGGGUUAGCCAGCACAGGCACCUGGGAAGGGCACGCUCUUGCCUGUUGAGCGGCCUGCAGGCUGUGCAGGGCGCUCCAGGUUCCCAGCUUGGUGAGCUGUCACCCAUGCUCGGGUGGGCCUUGGUGAUGCAGCUGUCUCUGACUCAUUUCUGCUUCUGUCAGUAACCCCUCACCUAUAGGCAGAAAGUCCGAGCCUACUUGUGGGUUUUGAAUACCCACCAGUCCCUGAGGUCAAAAUCCCACCAAUUAUAUAGCUCUCCCCAAGCUAAGGACUUGAAAUUUCACCAUCUCCACCCUGGCAAACUCCCCGAAUGCCCUCCAUAGGUCCCCCUCCCCUAAGAAACCCCUGUAUAAGCCCACCUCCUGCUCACUUCUCCACAGCAUCUUGCCUGAGCAGAGGCAGCCAUCGUCUUCUUGCCUUUUUCCUAAUAAAUCACACGUGUGAGGUUUGCUCCCGACUGUCAGGAUACUUCCCUUCGGAACUGCAACACUUGUAUAGAGGAAGUCUCCCCCCUCAGAGCUGUAGCCCCUCUCAUAUUUCUGUGAGCAACCCCAUAGUGCUCAUGGCUCACCAGGUACCCAUACUUUGUUCUUCAUGGGCUUCCUAGCUGCUGUUAGUAGAUGUGUAUUGUGAGUCUCCUCAGGAAAAGGUUUGUCAAACAAUCCUUGUGCGCUCUGGCAAGGGUGCAUGUAUUCUGCAUGUCCUAAUUGUUCCUGUAGCUUAUGAACACUGUAUCAGAUGUACAGGUUUUGGUUUGGUCAUCCUGUAAAACAGUUGCUUCUUCCUGUACGGUUUGCUCGCAAGGGAAGUUACCUUUUGAGAGCAAAAGGAAAACUGCUGCAGACACAGGAAGGUGUUCAGCACUGCGGUUUCUUGAGUACAACUCCUGUUGUGUUGAGGGUGGCACAUCACUUGUUACGUGAGUCCUCGAGACCCCUGGAGUCCACUUAGGGGUCAGCCAACUUUCUGAAAAGGACAUGGGUGGGGUGGAUAAUAUGGUUUUGUAGAUAUAGGUUCUGUGACAUGUUGUUUGUGGGGCUUUUGGUCCAUGUCUUGACUGUCCACCCGAACCCCCACAAGGUCUCACAGUGUAGACACUGACUGGCUUUGAACUCUCAGAGAUCCACCUGCCGGCCUCUGCCUCCUGAGAGCUGGGAGUAAAGAGACCCACUACUAUAUCCAGCCUGUUUGGGGGCUUUAAAAAUCUCUUUAAAAAUUUAAAACUGGGGGCUGGAGAGUUAGUUGGCUCAGUAACCCCUGGGUUUUCUUCCAGAGGAGCUAGGUUUGAUUUCUAGCAUCUACACAGUGGUUCACAUUACAAACACCAGUUCCAGGCCAUCAAACACCAUCUCCUGGCCUUCAUGGACACUGGGCACACACAUGUAUGCACAUAAAGACAUAUAUGUACAUAUACACACUACACAUAGAAAUACAUUUUUAAAAAUUUUAAGACUUUUUAGAUCAAGUCUUUACAAAAACUGGUCACAGGCCAGAUUUGUUCAGGUUGACCCCACCUCUCCUGCAGAAGUUGGAAACCAAAACCAAGUCUGUCAGAGAGUAUAAAAGGAAAUGUAUUUCAGAAUAUUCUAUUGAAAAGGAAAGAGGAGGGAUGGGUGGUGGGCAUUAUAAGGCAGCACAGCGAAUGCAAACCUUCCACACUAAGGGAAGAUGCACAGUGAUUUUAUUUUCAGAAAAUAAACACAGGUCACAGAGAACACGAGAAAUUAGUAUAGUGCUAGUUUUCAGAAGCUGUGCUUGAAGCUAUAGAAUAGUGGGGUGAUACCUCAGACCUGCCAGGGUAAGGGAUUUCCUACUUGGGAUUUUCUUCUGAAAGGAUCAAAAAACAAAACAAAAAACCCAAGAAUGAAGUAGAAUGGUUCCAUUGCUGGAAUAACGUAAAGGGACAUCCAGGACAGCACUGACACCCACUGCUGCUCUUCACUGGGGGUUGGUGGUCUGUUGGAAGCUCAGUAGAUACCAGGAAGCCCGAGCAAAUAGGAGACGACAGUUAUGUAGGGGAAGGAAACACUGGUAUGAGAAGAGAGACAUGACCUACCUCCACAUGACAUUUGUUUGCCCGUAGUGAAAACAGUAAGUAGUAAUUUAACCGGAAAAUGGACUUUAAUUGUUUUGUGGAAGGAAAUGUUGAGGGAAAGUCCAUGCUGUGUCUAACAAAUCAAAACCCAUCAUCUUCACAUUGCGGAGCCAUCAAGUAAUCUCUAAUCCUAGAAGUCCAGAGCACACCUACAAAGACAACAGAAUCACCAGAGACACACGCACCAGGACUGUCUCUCUUCUAAUCAAUGGAUAAAGUGGGGAAAAUGUGGAACAACUUAAAAUACAGAUGCCAGAAUCUCUUCAGCCACGAGGGAGGAAGCCGUAAUGAGAACGUGGAGAUGAACCCCAACAGAUGUCCGUCUGUCAAAGAGAAAAGCAUCAGUCUGGGAGAGGCAGCUCCCCAGCAAGAGAGCAGUCCCUUAAGAGAAAAUGUUGCCUUACAGCUGGGACUGAGCCCUUCCAAGACCUUUUCCAGGCGGAACCAAAACUGUGCCGCAGAGAUCCCUCAAGUGGUUGAAAUCAGCAUCGAGAAAGACAGUGACUCGGGUGCCACCCCAGGAACGAGGCUUGCACGGAGAGACUCCUACUCGCGGCACGCCCCGUGGGGAGGAAAGAAGAAACAUUCCUGUUCCACAAAGACCCAGAGUUCAUUGGAUACCGAGAAAAAGUUUGGUAGAACUCGAAGCGGCCUUCAGAGGCGAGAGCGGCGCUAUGGAGUCAGCUCCAUGCAGGACAUGGACAGCGUUUCUAGCCGCGCGGUCGGGAGCCGCUCCCUGAGGCAGAGGCUCCAGGACACGGUGGGUUUGUGUUUUCCCAUGAGAACUUACAGCAAGCAGUCAAAGCCACUCUUUUCCAAUAAAAGAAAAAUACAUCUUUCUGAAUUAAUGCUGGAGAAAUGCCCUUUUCCUGCUGGCUCGGAUUUAGCACAAAAGUGGCAUUUGAUUAAACAGCAUACCGCCCCUGUGAGCCCACACUCAACAUUUUUUGAUACAUUUGAUCCAUCACUGGUGUCUACAGAAGAUGAAGAAGAUAGGCUUCGCGAGAGAAGACGGCUUAGUAUCGAAGAAGGGGUGGAUCCCCCUCCCAACGCACAAAUACACACCUUUGAAGCUACUGCACAGGUCAACCCAUUGUAUAAGCUGGGACCAAAGUUAGCUCCUGGGAUGACAGAGAUAAGUGGAGAUGGUUCUGCAAUUCCACAAACGAAUUGUGACUCAGAAGAGGAUUCAACCACCCUAUGUCUGCAGUCACGGAGGCAGAAGCAGCGCCAGGUGUCCGGGGACAGCCACGCGCACGUUAGCAGACAGGGAGCUUGGAAAGUUCAUACGCAGAUCGAUUACAUACACUGCCUCGUGCCAGAUUUGCUUCAGAUCACAGGGAAUCCCUGUUACUGGGGCGUGAUGGACCGAUACGAGGCCGAAGCCCUUCUAGAAGGGAAACCGGAAGGCACGUUCUUGCUCAGGGACUCUGCACAGGAGGACUACCUCUUCUCUGUGAGCUUCCGCCGCUACAACAGGUCUCUGCACGCCCGGAUCGAGCAGUGGAACCACAACUUCAGCUUCGAUGCCCAUGACCCCUGCGUGUUUCACUCCUCCACUGUCACGGGGCUUCUCGAACACUAUAAAGACCCCAGCUCUUGCAUGUUUUUUGAACCGUUGCUAACGAUAUCACUGAAUAGAACUUUCCCUUUCAGCCUGCAGUAUAUCUGCCGCGCAGUGAUCUGCAGAUGCACUACGUAUGAUGGGAUUGACGGGCUCCCGCUACCGUCGAUGUUACAGGAUUUUUUAAAAGAGUAUCAUUAUAAACAAAAAGUUAGGGUUCGCUGGUUAGAACGAGAACCAGUCAAAGCAAAGUAACUCCUGUCCCCAAAGGGCACUAACUAAGUCUGCUCCUCCCGUGCAUCAGACUGCACCCAUAGGAGGCAGUCAGCUGCUAGGAUUUCCCACCCAGAAUGGGAGCUUAGUCAUUAGCCUCUGCCCUAUGGGGUCCGCUGUUCCUCAGACAAAGGUGCCUAGGGACAGCAAGAUGGCUUGCAGGUGUUCGGUGGGCUGUGACAACUGAGGGAGGCAACUCUGGGGCAUUUGCUAUGAAGAAUUCUAUUUCUUACUGAAGAACAAAUUAUUAAUAUUGGAUGGGUAUUUCAAUAGUGUGACUAAUGUUUGAAAUUAUUUUUUCUAAGAAUUUUUCUAUAACCUUCAGAAAAAGUAGUGAUGUUUGUAGUUACUAUAAAUCAAGCUUUGAAAGUUCAAAACAAACAAGUAAAUAAAAGACUACCUUCCUUUUAGAGAAAACAAAUGCAAGUUUUCCAGCCACAGGGCAUUGUGCACUGUUAAUGUGGCUUGUAGUCAGCCUCCUUUUCUCCUCAGAGAAGGAGGCUCUAAAGUAAACCAGGUUUUCCUAGAUAGUUUUCUUAACCCUGAGACUCCCAGCUCAGUGGUGGAGUUGGGUAAAAGCCCCAGUGUGCAUUUCGGAUGAGCACGGUGACCUGAGAGCAUGCAGUUGGAGUUUCCAGUGGGGUGUUUUUCUCCAAGUUGACAUGUGCAGUCAGUCCUCACAUUGUCUCAUCAAAGUUGGAACCCUUUCCUGUGCCCUUGACUAUGUGAGCCCAGAGGACAGCGAGACUAGGAGAUGCCCAGACACAUCAGAUAGUAGUAACUCCACUGGUUGACGAUGCCAAGUUGUGUUAAACUAUAAUUAAUCGUUUGGAUGACAGUAUUUAUCUCUUUGUUGUAAGCUCAUAGCCGAAUUGCUUAAGUACAAUUUAUAUUAUACAGUUUUAGUGCAGUUAAUUCUUAACAGAAAACCUGAAGUCUAAAUUGCAGAUUUAAAAGGUACUGUACACCCAUGCUGCCUGUAAAUAACUUUACUUGGCACCUUUUGUCACUUAGGAUAGGACGUAAUACAACUUGAGUGAAUGCUUGGGACGUGUUGUCGAGUUCUAGUGUUGCUUCUCGUGUUGGACUGUGUUCCCGGUUCUGUCCUAGCCAUUUGCACUACAGUAGCCAAAUCCAUUCCUGUGUGUUGCCGUGCUCUGUAACUGCUGCCGGGUGCUCCUCGGCCCUCAUGCCAGCUGCUGCAGGAGGUUGCUUUCUGUCCCAUGGCUAUUGCCAGGGCUUCCUGAAAGAAAUGCUACAUUUGUAUGCAACAGUAACCCUUUAACUGCUAAACGUAUGUUUCUGCUUGCUGUGCCUUGUUCUGGCUGCUUUUCCGUGCUAAUAAAGUAUGUUUGGUGUUCUUGUAUAUCUGCCGUUUUAUACAUUUGCCACAAUUUCUCUUGUACGUGGAAUGGUUUGGGGUUUUUAAAUAAGCAUUGACAACUUAUUGUAGUCAAUGCAGAGUCACCUACAACCUAAUACUGACCUGUCAGAAUAAGCUAAAUCUAAGUUGAAUGUUCUCUAGCUUUUUAACCCUAAUCACAUUUUGUGAACCAGUGUCUGUAGUCACUGCAAAUUAGUGUAUAGUUUACAGCAGGACCCAGAGAAGUGAGAAGCUGGUGAUUUCUCUGCGCAGUAGGGAGAGGCUGAAACCAGCGGUAACGUUAGCAGAUGAGUGUUAGAACAUCCAGCCACGCCAGAAACCAGUGACACGGAGUCUGUGUACCAGGACGCCACAGCUCCACUUAGUGGUUUAGGGACCAUUUUAAUUGAAGAUAAAUGCCUGAGAUGCAGACCUUUAACCAAAGACUUGUUCAUGUCAAUGCAGAACGGGGAUGGAAGGAACUUCGAUCUCUCUGUUACUUGUAGUAGAUGUCCCUGAGGAACAUAUACCAAAGUGUCUGAGAACGUCAUCCAAACCUACUUUCAAAGCAUAAUGUGCAAUUAAGUUGUUAUGACGUAGUUAUAUUGCAUAAUUGUUAGGUCUGUUUUCUUGAGCUUACAGUGUACCUGGAAGAGGAACCCCUUGAGGAAAGAUAAGUCCAUGCUGAGAGCUGGAGGAAGACUAUGAUCAGGCGAUGCUGUGAAGAGAACUUGAAACUCGGAGAGAGCCUUGAUGUUUUUAUAUGCUUGUAGUAAACUGAUGUUCUCACUAUAGUUUUAUAGAAAAUAUUAAUGCUUUUUUGUAUUUCAGAACUUUUCCUGUGUAACAUGCAAGUUGUUUUAAGUGUAACUAUUGAGUUUAUGUAAGCAUGUGUCCACUGUGCUAAAGGCACUUAUGUUUCAGUUUGUGUACAAUAUAAAUAUGCAACUUUGGGGUUAAUUUUUUUGUUAAAAUAUUAGUAGCUUACAUUUAAAAAAAAAAUUCCCCAGCAUGGACGUGCAGCGAAGUCUUUUUUUUUCCACUGUGUAUUUGCCUGAAGCCCACUGUAGCCUUUUGACUAAAUUAGUGUUUUUAUGUUU